AUGUCCAAAGGCGCGCUAAUAGGCCUCAAAGAUGGGAAAGCCAAACUGCUUUUAAAGGCUGUUAAAGAUAAGAAACAAAAGGUGGAUGAUCAGUGGAGGCUGUGUUGUCAGUUAAUUAAUAAUUUCGAUGAUGACUUAAAAAAUGAAAGUCUUAUAGACAAAUACUGGAAUAAAAUUAUGUUAUUUACUGACCUGUCAGGUCAAAAUGUAUUUAAGGAUUUGAGCGAAUUCGUUUUGGACGUUUUGGAACAAAAUACAUCAAGAGGCACUCUUGAAUCGCCCGAAAAAAAAGUACAAUCCAGGUGGCGACAACAAAAUAUUGAUAAUAGAAAGCGAGUAAAGGCAAAAAAGCGAAGAAAUUUGGGUCAUUCCUAUGAAAACUGGAAGGGAAGAAAAACAGAAGCGAGAACCUUAGGCCCCCAGUGCCAUUGUAAAAAUAAAUGCAGAUCAUUAAUUCUCUUGGGAGACGUGCAGCUGGAUGCUAAUGAUGUACUCGUAGAUGAGGAUAACAUAGAACAUCUUGACGAAGAAACCGAACAUUAUUUGAUUUAG